AACUUGCGUGCACAAUAUUGCUCUGUCUAUACCAAAAUCUGUUUUUAAAGCGUAAGCACUCGCGCUAGGGUGUGCGGCUAUGUAGAAUACAACCAGCUCCGCCCCUCCGGUCGCUAAGUUUUGAGGAAAGAUGAGACGGGGUCUACUUUCAUAGUGCGCAGGCUUUAAUCGUUCUUCAUUUGUUUAUUUCUUCGUUCGCUUUUCAUAUUCGACGAGUCAGCAAGCACAAAUGCAAGGUGCUUUAGGAGAAACCAUGCAAGGCCAGUUCAGAAUGUUCAAUUCCGAGGGGAUUUAUUUGCGCACUCGUGAGCACGUUUGAGGCCAAGCCGCAGUCGAGACAAGCCGAACUUUCCAUAUGCAGGCGUCCUCGUGGUGUCGCAGCGCCCUCAAAAAAAAAAAAAAAAAAUGCGUGGACGGUUGUUGCCACAUGUCCUUCUAGUUGGAGAGAGAGAGAGGCAGACUUUGUUUUCGGGAGAGUCGUAGAGGUCAGCGCCAGCUGGUGGGCUCUAGUCCGCUACUCUGCACGGGGGAGAGGGAAUUCAUGAAACAAAAGUGCAGGGAUGAACCUCUGCGUCCAAAAUAAUGGACGCAGCGACGCUGAGGGUAACUGUGCCUAUGUUUUGCCCAUCUUUUAGAACACUCUAUUGCUAUUAUUAAAACUAGUCGCAGUAGCAAUAGUACCAACUACCAAUACUACUACUACUACUUCUACUACUACUACUUCAGUAAAGAGCUUUAUACUAACGCUGCGCGUCCACUCCCGUACUUUGCAAUAAUUCAAGCAACACUCUUGUCUUCCGCCCGCCAGAUUUAGUGCAGUCUGGGUAGUAAGUAGUGUAAGAAACGCUAUUAAACGCUGACCACUUGGCACCAGAGAAAUCGUAAGCGCAGAACGAAACAAAACAAAGCACAGGGAUGUUGCGACGCGCGUGCUUGUGAAGAAGACGAAGGAGAAAGGGCCCGCGGUACAGGCGCUUGAGAUUGCACGUGUCGAGGAAUAAGCAGAAGAAGAGUACCCGCGGCUGCAGGCCAUCAUGACGUCGCCCCCCAGGCAGCAGUGGAAGAGCCCGAACGAAUUCCUGUUCGGCUCCGUCGGCAUGUGCGUCGGCCUGUCCAACUUGCUCAGGUUCCCGUACGUCGUGUACCACAACGGAGGCUUGGUCUUCAUCAUGGUGUACCUGCUCCUAAUGGUCGUCGUCGCGUUUCCCAUGGUGCACCUCGAAGUCUUCCUGGGCCAAUUCAGCAGCCUCGCUGUACCGAGUGCCUUCGGCGGAUUCCCCAUGGCCAAAGGUAUCGGCUGGACCAUGCUGUACGUCAACCUGGCCUCGUGCUUGAACUACAUAGCGAGCAUCGCCCACGGCGCUUUCUACCUUUUCCAUUCUUUCUCGUCAACGCUUCCAUGGACCACCUGCAAGAACAACUGGAGCGACGCCAACUGCUUUGAAAAGGAUUACAGGAACGUGCCUUGCUUCCGCGUCAACGUCACCUUGGCGCGCAAGUACUCCUCGCACAACUACACCGACAAGGACGCCCUGAUGAUCCACUCGGGCUCGGCUGGCGGGGGCACCGUAAUGGUUCCCGGCGCCGAGUACGACGCCGUACACAGCACGUGCGUCAACGGCACGCAGACCUCCACCGAGCAGUUCCUGCUGAAGAAAGUAUUGCGCCUCAGCUCCGGCAUCGAAGAGAUCGGCGACCUGCACCAGGACAUGCUGCUGCUGAUCAGCCUGUGCUGGCUUGCGGAGUUUCUCAGCAUCGUCAAAGGCAUUCGAAGCUACGCAAAGGUGGCGAUGGGCAUGACGUGGAUGUCGUUCGCCCUGCUGUUCACACUGCUCCUCUCGAGCGUGGUGCAGCGCGGCUCCAUGCGAGGAAUGGGCGCCUACUUGUACCCGGACUGGCCCAAGCUCGUAGACAUCGUGACGUGGCGGGCUGCUUCGCAGCAGCUUCUCUUCAGCUUGGGACUGUCUCUGGGCGUGCUCACCGGCCACGGCAGCUACAAGCCCUUCGAGUGGCCGCUCUCACUGAACAUCGCGCAGCUGAUCGGGGCCGACUUCUGCUUCAGCUUCUUCGCCGGCUGCAUGGUGUUCGCGCUGCACGGACACGCCACCGUGCUGUACGGCCUGGACAUCGACGACCUGGUCACUUCGGAGUACCACUACGCCUUCGUCACGUACCCGGAGAGCGUCAAGCACUUCCGCCACCCGGAGCUGUGGUGCAUCGCCUUCUACCUUCUCAUCUGCGUGCUAUCCUUCGACGGCGUGGCGGCGUUCCUGGAGGUCGGAGUGUCGACCUUCAUGGACAUCUACCCGGGGCUCAGGCCACACCGACUGCGGUGCACCCUGGUCACAUGCAUCGUCAUGUUUAUUCUGUCCCUACCCGCGGCCACGGGCGGAGGCCUGUACGUUCUCCACCUGAUCGAUUCCGUCACCUACCUGGACCUGGUGCCGUGGAUCGCGUUGGCCGAAGUCCUUCUGCUAGUCAACGGAUACGACCAUCUGUCUCGGCUCGGUCAACGCCCAGGGGCAGCACCUGCUGGACUACUCUUACCCGGCCUGGACCGGCGUCAUCCAGCUGGCCAUCAUCCUCUGCUGCAUAGUGGCCGUCAUCACGCAGGUCAUGCGCACGUUUGCCGAGAACCGCAACGAUAUAUACGCAGCGAUGGAGCCCGAGGACGGUUACGGUCCCUCGAACCCAGAAACCUAUGCUCGCUACCAAGAGGCACUGCCGGGGCGCAACGCGCUCCGGUCGACAAUCACCGACGGCAGAGGGGGCAAGAAGAGCUUGCCGCGCGCGUCGCUGUCCGUCAACCAGAACGGCGGCAGCUGGGCGGCGAGCGCUCCCAGCGUAUCCCGCUGAGCCCCGGAUACCCCGGAUGCGCGGGCGCUUGGCCCUUCAAUGCGCCCGUGCCAACAUUUCUCACUAAGCCAUGCCAUAUUCGGCAGUCAUACGACUGCAGCUUGUAGAAAGGCCACCGCGUUGUCAAGCUGCGUCUGCGAUGCGCCUGAGGCAAAUAUAGAGCCUCGUUAAGCCUGCUUCAUGACCUUCGUUAUUGAUUCGAAAGCGUCAAAUGGCUCGUUGAGUGAGUGAGCUGGCGUCUGCCAUCUGUAGCAGCGGAUGAGCAGAAAAAACACGAAAGCGAUGAUUUCACGGAGACGGCUAGCGAAUCCCGUACGCGUGACGUAAUGCUGCCUCCUAGCUUGUUUCGUUAUUCUAUAUUUUCUACUAUGACGCUGAGUAUCGCGUUUUCAAAUGUAGAGUUUCGUAGAACAGCUCAACGGCGGCAGUGUACGGGCAAAAAAAACAAAUGUGCGACCUGUGAGGCGACAUCUUUCCGCGAAAUUCGUGAAAGUACAGAUUAGGACACAUUUUGUCAACGUAAACUGAGUUUCCCUAUGAAGAAGCGCGUAUGUCAUAUUUUACACUUAAAACUUCCCACGUACCUAACGUCCAU